GCGCGGCCACGCGCCCUCGCGCCCGCCCCCAGGCCCGCGGCCGCGCAAGGCGGUGGAGCCGGGACGCAACUGGAGCGACCCUGGGAGCCGCCCCGGACCGCUGGAGCCAGCAGACGACGCUGCGCUGCGCUGCCAGGGCUGUUACUCAUCUUGCUCAUUUUUCUCCAGAGUCCAACUCCAGCACCGGCCUCAGGUUGGCGGGGCCCAGCGUGCGUCAGCGUGCGGCCCUCGGGCCUGCACCGCCUCCGGCUGCAGCGGCCGACUCGGACGAAGAGCCCCUCCUCGCCAUGGAGGUGCUCAAAUUCCUCAAGUACUUCUACGACGACGCGGAAGGCGCCGGCCUGGCCGAGGCCAGGCUCAAGGCCCGGCAGCUGCAGAAGGCCGAGGAGGCCAAGCAGGCGGCGAGGAAGGCGGCCAAGGCAGAGGCCAGGGCCCGCCGCCGCCCCCUUCUCGACAGGGACUCGGACUUCACAACGAGCUCAGAGUCUGACGGGGAGUGGACGUCGAGCCGCGCCGAGCUCGAGGCCCGGGUCAAGGCCGCCCUGGAGCCCAGCAGUCGCAUCACGGAGCUUUCGCCGGACGCCCACGAGCAGGACGGCAGCGGCUCAGCCCCACAGCUUCACAAUUAUACUACAGAGGGCCCAAAGUUCUCCCCACGGCCGCCGCCGCAACAGCGGACGCCAACAGACAGCUCCCAAGAGGAGGUGAACUUCAACGUGGAGGCCGAGCGGUACCGCCACCUGCCUGGGCCGCCACCGUCCCCCCUCAUGGUGGCCGUGGUGACGGCCUUCGUGGUGCUGGUGCUGUGGCCGUCCUCCGUGUUCGGCAUGCGCGGACCGCACCACCCGCGCGGGGAGGUCAUCAAGCACUACCACUACCGCCCGAGCCCCGAGCAGCACACCAAACUCAUCCAAGACGACCAGCUGCUGCAGGACAAAGAGCACAUCCGCGAGGACCUGGGGAAAUGGGCGACUGAGGAGGCCGUGGAGAAUAUGACCCCAGAAGAACUGCAGUUUCAUUACUUUAAGUUGCACGACUUGGAUGAAAACAUAAAACUGGACGGUUUAGAGAUUCUGAGAGCAAUCAUGCAUACAGAAGAACAUGAAUCCCAUAGCCAUGAAGGGGAAGAUGAAAAUUCUCUUGCUGAAGGGCAAGAAGGACACACGGAACCAGUAUCAAUGGAAUAUUACAUUGAACUUAUCGAUGAGGUGUUGCGAGAAGAUGACACAAAUAAUGAUGGGUAUCUUAGUUAUGCAGAAUAUGUUGUUGGACGCAAUCAAAGUAAGAAACGUGCAGCAGAGAUGAUGGCAAAUCCCACACCCCUCAAAGAGUUGCCUGGAAUGCAAACCAAGUGACCAGGAGAGGAAGAGACUUCAAGCUUAUUUAACAGAGAGACCUACUAAGCUGAAAUUUAUUGUUAAAGUCCAAAAGUUUUACUGCUGUAAGAAAAUUGAAUUCCAAAUGCCUUGUGAUUUGUAAUUGCAAAAGAUACAGGUCUGAGAAUUGUGGUGCGAGUCAUGUUGUGUGACAGGUCAAAAAAUUGCAAUAGUUUAGAAAAAUGAAUUUCUUAGAACUUUAAUCUAUUUCCAAUGUGAUAAGAAACAUAAGUAAAAUAUUGUAAAAAGAAAAUAUAACUAAGUAGUGCCAAGUUAAAGUGUAAAAAUAAUGUGAUCAAAGAAAUACAAUGGGAUGUGCAAAGAAAUAUCUA